UGUAUGUCAUUCAGAAAUCCUCGUUUGACGCCGGACGUCUUUCACUUUACAUAUCGAACCUACCCACGCAGUUCAUAAGCAAACUCGUGUGUUGCUACUUGUUUGGAUAAAAGACGGCUGUCAUCAUGAGGACUUCGGUGUUCACAUCAGCCCUUGCUUUGGGAAUUCUUAUCGGAAUGAGAAGUACAGACGCCGGGACCUUCCCUAGUAGUUUUCCGCAUGCCUACAAAUACAACCCGAACGAAUCCGAGAGGUCGCACCAAACACCCAUUGCUGGAUUUAUCGCCCGUGCCAAGGCUCCAGCGACCGCCACCGAAGACGUCCUGGAGUCCAGUCAAGAGGCCUUGCACGUCACGGAGCGUCGGUACCUGAAGAUGGAUUGGUGCAAAACGCAGCCGCUGAAGCAAACGAUCCACGAGGAGGGCUGCCUGAGUCGCACCAUCAUCAACCGCUUCUGCUACGGCCAGUGCAACUCCUUCUACAUCCCGCGGCACGUCUACCAUGAGGACAGCGCUUUUCAGUCGUGCGCCACCUGCAAACCCAAAACCUACACCACCGUCACCUACACACUGGUGUGCCCGGGCCAGACGCCGAGCACGAGGAAGAAACGGGUGCAGCGCGUAAAGCAGUGCCGCUGCACGACCAUCGACCUGGACUAGGUUUCUCUUCGGGGACGGAGGUGGAUGUAAACGGUGCAGAGGUCAAUGAUACAGAGGUGGAGAACAGCACUCGUGACGGACGAUGCGAACCUGAAUAGUGGGACCUUAUAUGACUAUAUGCCUGCGCAAGGGCUGCCUAUAACAGGUGUCUGAGGGUUCUCCCCCAGAAUAUUUUUUCACAACGUAACUUAAUUAAUUCAGCACUUACCCAUCAUUUCAGUUAUAGGCCAAUGUUGUAGAUAGUGCAGCAGGCCUUGUAAGACAAAGUGAGAGCAUCUGCGGGACAUGUUCCCCCCUUUCCCUAUUGGAUCUGUCACUCAUGAGUCGUGGGCCUCUCUGAACUGGCAUAUUAACUCACCUUUAUAGCUGACGCUUAUUUGACUCGUUAAAAGCGUAAACCAUCUCCCGCCUAUAGGACCUAUGCUAGAAUGGGUUUUAUUAAAUGGCAUUCGUAUUGUUUCCACUGUGUGGAACAAAUGCAGAGGGCAUUCAUAUUUUUCGUUGUACACUUUGCACUGUUAACCGUGUGGUUCUAGGAAACUGUAAAUAGGUGGGGAACAAUGAUAUUGUGAAUGGUUGUGAAUAAACUUUUGAACCUGGA